UUAUCUCGCGCGAACUAAAGCGCCACCUAGAUAGUUUUCCCUGACAACAUGGCCGAUCAAGAGGAAUCCCAGCCAACUGCUGAGUCUCCCCCUAAGGAGGAAGAGAAUACAGAGGCACCUACCACUAGUGAAGAAACACCAGCAGCUGAACAGGAACAGCAACUUCAGGCAGAAACUGCAGGUGAAGAGGCACCAAAGGAGGAGGAACCAGCCAAAGAGGAGGAACCAGCCAAAGAGGAGGAACCAGCCAAAGAAGAGGGCGGCCCACCGGCAGAGGAAGCACCAGCUGAUUCUAACACAAAUGCAGAGGAAAAGAGUGAAGAACCUCCAGCAGAAGGAGGUGAACAGACAGAAACUGCUGUAGAGGGUGAACAACCAGCAGAGGGGGAGAAACCGGCAGAGGGGGAGGAAGGUGAGAAAGCAGAGGAGGGGGAAAAACCGGAAGAUGGGGAAAAACCAGAGGAAGGGGAAAAACCAGAGGAAGGGGAAAAACCAGAGGAGGGGGAAAAACCAGAGGGGGAGACUGCAGAGGAAGGAGAGAAAUCUGCAGAAGGUGAAGGGGGAGAAACUAAAGAAGGUGAAGAAGGAGAGAAGCCUGCGGAGGAAGGGGAAACUACUGAGAAAGCUGAGGGUGAAGAAGGAUCAAAAUCUCCAAUACCACAGAGUGAUACUUUUGCUGAAGGAGAGAGACCUGAAAGUCCCCAAAUUGUGGGUGAAAAAUUAUCCAGAGAGGGAAGUCCUACACAGGAAGAAGAGCAUCAACCGGACACAGCUGCUCUAGAACCUGGAACCCCAGAAAGGUCAAGGCCAGCAUCAGUGACAGAGGACCAACACUUAGCUCCCUUUGCUGAGGAGGAUGAGGAGGAGGAAGAAGAAGAGGAGGAGGAAGAGGAAGAGGAGGAGCCUCAGUUUGACAGAGAGGUUCUUCUGGAACAAUAUCAGUCAUUGCUUGAAGAGAGGAGAGAAUUACAACAAAGCAACUACCUGCUGCAGCACAAACUGGCCGAACAUUUCAGGAAGAAGAAAGCUGAUGAUGCUAGACAGGACUACGAUAAAACUGCCAAUGACCAGGACUCCAAAUACGUCAAAUACAUGGCUCAAGUUGAUGAGUUGAGGAAACUAGAUGCAGCAGAGAGGGAAAACUACAAAAAUCAGAUGGAAGAUUUGAGAAUGAAAUGUGAGGACAAGAAAUAUCGAGUGGAUGAAGAGAGGAAGAAAUUCAUGGAAUUCAAGAAACAAGUGGCACUGAAUGCCAUCUCCAACCGAUCAGGGAAACCUGUUCCUCCAAAGGAUGUAGAACAGGCCUUAUCUACAGAAAAUAAAAAGGAACAAGAUGUUGUGGCAGUUCGUCUGGAAAAUAUUAAACUAAAGAACAAACUAAAGAAGAAGGAACAUCAAUUAAAGUCUAAGGAAGAACUUGCAGAAGGUUUACAUUUAAUUGAUUUUGAACAACUGAAAAUUGAAAACCAGACCUACAAUGAGAAAAUUGAAGAAAGAAAUGAGGAAAUUUUGAAAUUAAGAAAGAAAAUUACCAGCACAGUUCAAGUCCUAACUCAUCUGAAAGAAAAACUCCAAUUCGUGCAAGCUGAAAAUCAAGUACAAAAAGGUCGUCUCCGUGAAGUGGAGGCGGAAGCAGCCAUGAAAAGAGACAUUUUAUCAAGAACAAAGCAGGCCAGAGAUGCACUUCGAAUCGACAACCAUCGCCUACGACAGAGCUGUGGGUUACUAGGUAAUGAGCCAUUACUUCGAGACUUUGAGGAAAGAAAGGACGAGGGUGAUGAUCUGAGAGAGAGACUUGAAAAACUAAAAAUGACACAUGCUGAGCUCACAUUGAACUGCAAUCAAGUUCGUCGGAAGAUUGAACAAGCCAGACAAAACAGGGGCUGAUGGUGAAGCUGUUCAAACUGUGAUUCAAUAAACAUGGAAUAUGUGAUAUAUUUUUUAUUGAUAUAUGAAUGUUGUUGAUGUAUAUGUAUAUAUGCAAAAGAAUGAAAUAUAUAUGACUAAUUCUAAAUGAUUGUUUUCAUUUAUUUUUCUUGUACAUGACAAAAUGCUCUACAGUUAGUAUGUUCGUAGGUAUUGCACAUGUAUACUUCAACAAAAAUGUACUUGUAUAUACCAGUAUGUAAGACAACCUAAACAUAUAGGCAAUCCAAUUACAAAGUGUUUGCUCAUAGUUUACAUGUGGUAAAUUCAGAAAAAACAGCUGAUGAGGCAAGUGAUUGAGUGUUGAUACCAGUUUUGAUAACUUCUUUUGUUGAUCAUAUUAAAUUUCUGGAAUGAU